AUGACGAACUUUAACAUCCAGAUCAUCUCGGACAGCGUUUGUCCAUGGUGCUACGUAGGCUUGCGCCGUCUUUCCCGCGCCAUCGCAACCCAUAAAUCUGCUCAUCCCGCUGAUACAUUCACCCUCACCUGGCAUGCCUACUACCUGGGACCCGACAGCCCGCCUUACCCGGGCAGAGACAAGAGAGAGUACUAUAUCAGCCGGUUCGGUGAAGAUAGGUUCUCUCAGAUCUCUAGCAAACUCGGCGAGGUUGGACGACAAGAAGGGAUAGCUUUCAAAUUCUCCGGCAGGAUGGGGAAUACACGGGAUUCGCAUCGGGUGAUUUGGUAUGCUGGGAAAAAGGAGAGGGAAGCUGGCGCUCCGGCGGCCACUGAACCGGGUGUAGUCGGUGGCUUGCAAACAAGGGUUGUCGAGAAUCUUUUCAAGGCAUACUUCGAGGAAGAGGGGAAUAUCACAGACCAGAAUAUACUCUUGGAGGCUGCGGUGUUGGCCGGACUAGAUCGCGGUGAAGUAGAGAGACUUUUGGCAUCCGACGAGGGAGGGCAGCAGGUAGAUUUGGAGGCAGCUCGGGCCCAGAGGCAAUUGGUUUCUGGUGUGCCCUAUUACACGAUCCAAGGGCAGUAUGCCAUUGGGGGGGCCGAGGAUCCCUCGGCAUUUUUGCAGGCUUUUGAGCAGGUGAAGCAGAACUCUUAG